UUUAAAAAAUCUCUAUUUAUUCGGGUAAACAAAACCCACCCAUUGGAAUAUUAAUGGCUUUAAUAGAGGCAUUAGCUCAGAUGCUUCAUGUGUACCAACAAUAAAUUGGUCCUAACCUUAAGGGAUAUGGGCUUUUGUAGUAGUUACGUAGGCAAUUGCGUAGAUUGAUAUCAUCAAUGGCGUUAGAACACACGUAGUCCCUGAAGUGGCCACGGUAUGACACACGACGCACAUGCAAUGACUGAUAUUAUAUGGUCGAAGCUAAGCCCCAAUAAGUAUUUAGUAAAAUAUACUAUUUUAAUAUUUCCAAUAAAAUAUUUAAUGUUAGUAACUUUUUGAUAGGAAACCAAAUGACAGCUGCUCUUAUUCUCCCUUCAACGUAAAUUGAAAACCGUAUAUUUACAACAACAACAAAAAGUUAACCAUUGUCUUUUGCCACAGAGACACGACUAAAAAGUGUUAAAAAUUGCAAAAUAAUUCAGAAAGGAAUAUGCAUACAUUUUAGAUCUGGAAUGAUCAAUCAUACAAAGUGAUUACAACAUAACCAAGUUGCUUUGGUCUAAUGGUAUAUGAGCUCCAACUUGAGUGUCCGCCCUGGGUUCGAGUCUUGGCCACUGCAGAUUCACAUAUAAGUUGCAGCAUCCGAGACCGAAGACCGUUACGCGGUGAGCCAUCUGGUGACCUUCGGAUCUAUGUUCGCUUCGGUUUCUAGUCUGGACCACCACGGUGGAGACAGGAUAUUCGGUUAUAAAAAAAAGUGAUUACAACAUGAGCUGUUGUCCCUUGUCAUACUUUAACUAUUUUUUAAACAAAAAUCCUCAUGAUCUUUAACAAAAAGGUUUAAAUAUAGAGAAUAUAUUACUUCGCCGUACAGCGCGUUCCUAGUGGUUCGAGAAGAUGCCGGACACUAGUCAGUCAGAGAAGACAUCUAAGCCAGUCAAAACCCCAACGACCGAAUCAAAUGAUGACACGUCAUUAUUUUUCAAGCGCAGCUAAAUAUUAAUAAAAAUCGGAAAUAUCUAGAGAAGGCUAUAAAUAGAUCCUGGAUCAUUCUCGUCACCAUAAUACUUGUAAUUUUCUGAGACAAGCUUUCUUACCAAAAGAAGAAGAGAGAUAUCAUUAGAGAAGACGCGAGAAGAAUUAGAUACACGAACAGAUUUGAUUUGGACCACAACUUCGGAUUCUUAGUUAUCUACAACCAAUAGAUUGUGUUUGUGUCUGGUGACUUGGUGCGACGUAAAUGGCAGUUUAUUUUCAUAGUGGGGAUAUUAAUAAAACUCAGCUCGAUACGUCGAGGAAAAGGAAGUCAAGAAGUAGACGUGAUGGUACCACUGUGGCUGAGAGGCUUCAGAUAUGGAAAGAGUACAAUGAGAAUGUAGAAGAAGCUUCCACCAAGAAGCGGAAAGUACCUGCGAAAGGUUCCAAGAAAGGGUGCAUGAAAGGUAAAGGAGGACCAGAGAAUGGUCAGUGUAGUUUCAGGGGAGUUAGGCAGAGGAUUUGGGGCAAGUGGGUCGCUGAGAUUAGAGAGCCUAACCGUGGAAGUAGGCUUUGGCUAGGCACUUUUCCAACCGCUGAGGAAGCUGCUUGUGCUUAUGACGAGGCGGCUAGGGUUAUGUACGGUCCUAUGGCUCGUCUCAAUUUCCCUCGGUCUCCUGUGUCUGAUGUGACUAGUAGUUCGAGUCAUUCUGAGGUGUGCACGGCUCCGGGACUUGUUCAUGUGAAAACAGAAGAUGCAGAUUAUGAAUCCAAUUCCUUCGUUGAAGCUGAUGCCAAGAAUGGUGCCUACACACAUGAAGAAAAGGUAAAGAAGGACGUUAAGGUAGAUGCUGGUAGUGAUUGGUUGAGCGAGUUUGAACAGAAGUAUUGGAGUGAAGUUCUGGAGGAGAAAGAGAAACAAAAGAAGCAAGUAGAAACCUGUCAGAAACAGCCUGCAUCGCUAUCUGUUUCAGAUUACGGUUGGCCUGAGGAUUUGGAUCAGAGUCACUGGGAGAUGUUUGAUGUUGAUGAGCUUCUAGGUGACUUGACUGGAGACAUGUUUACAGGCUUGGACCAGAGCCAAUGUCUAGCGGGCAGUGUAGGUGGUGGUUUGUCUGAAUCCGAGAAGAGGCAAAUUGGACUAUAUCCGCUGCAAAGCCUUGACUCUAGUUACGGAUUGCCUCCGCUUCAGCUUGAUGCACAGGAUGAUAAUGAGUUCGUUGAUCUGAGGUUCUUGGACCUGGAGAGAUGAGACAAUGGAAUGUAGCUGGGUAUAUUUGUAUUCUGUAAUUUGCCUUUUAUACCAUCAUGUGUGUUAAAGACUCUAGUGACAUUUUUGUAAUAUAGAGAACCUCAUAAGACUAUAAUUUCUAUUGAACUGUAUAUAUUUAUACUGCGAGAAACUGUCUUCUCUGUAACAGAGAGUGUACGACUUGCAAGUUGCUACACUGACUCUCUUUAGUUCUGUAACUUCUGUUGGUAGUUUUCCAACGUAAAGGAGCUUUGAAAUGUGUCA